AUGUCAGCGGUGGGUCGAAAACUGCCGCAGGGCCGAUCUGGAAGAUAAGACUCCAGACCAACUGAACAAGCAUUACCGGCUGUGUGCGAAGCACUUCGAAACGUCGAUGAUAUGCAGGAGCAGUCCCUACAGGACGGUCUUACGAGACAACGCCGUGCCCACCAUAUUCGACCUGACGAGCCAUCUGAACAAUCCGCACAGCAGGCACCGAAAGCGAAUCAAAGAGCUGAGUGAAGAGGAAAUAAGGACGUUAAAGCAGCAAAAGAUCGAUGAAGUUUACGAGCAAGAAAAGAGCAACCCGGAGUCUGUUGAGAAUGAGCAGAACCCAGCUUCCGAGGAAGGAGGAGACGAGCCAGUGAAAGAUGACACCCUUUUAACUCAAGAAGAGAGGGAGAACAAAGAUUAUCUAAAAUCUUUAUUUGAAAUCCUGAUCCUGAUGGGGAGACAGAACAUUCCUCUGGACGGCCACGGCACAGACGAACUCCCGGAAGGAAUUUUUACCCCGGACAACUUCCAGGCUCUCUUGGACUUCAGAAUAAAUUCUGGCGACGAGGUUCUGAGGAAGCGGUUUGAGACUACGGCGGUGAACCUGGCCUACUGCUCGCAAGCCCAGCAGAAGCAGAUGCUGGAUAUCUGCGAGAGCUGCAUCCGAGAGGAGACGCUCAGGGAGAUCCGAGAUUCCCAGUUCUUCUCCAUCAUCACGGAGGAAGUGGUGGAUCUAGCCGGAGAGGACCACUUGCCCGUGCUGGUGAGAUUCGUCGACGAUUCUCACAACCUGCGGGAAGAGUUCAUUGGGUUCUUGCCGUACGAGGCGGAUCCCGACGUCCUGGCCGUCAAUUUCCACACCACCAUCAUUGAAAAAUGGGGCUUGAACAUGGAGUAUUGCCGAGGCCAGGCCUAUAUCGUCUCUAGCGGGUUCGCUUCAAAGAUGAAGACCGUAGCCAUGAGGAUCUUGGAAAAAUACCCCCAGGCUGUAUAUACGCUUUCCUCUUCCUGUGCCUUGAACAUAUGGCUUGCCAAGUCUGUUCCGGUCUUGGGCAUUUCCAUCGCGCUAGGGACGAUAGAAGAAGUUUGUUCCUUCUUUCACCAGUCGCAGGUGCUAGCUGAUUUGGACAAUGUCAUUUCCCUCCUGUUCCAGAAUAGCGAGGAAAGGGGGAAGGAUCUGAAGGACAUUGUCCGUUCCCAUUGGACAGGCCGGCACGAUACCUUUGAGAUUAUAGUCGACCUCAUGCAGUCCCUGGUGUUAUGCUUGGACAGCAUCAACGAGUCCUCCAGCCGGUGGAACACCUUGGUCGCCGGCCGAGCAUACAUCCUCUCUAGCGCGCUGGCCGACUUUGACUUUGUGGUCACAGUUGUGAUCGUGAAGAACAUCCUCUCGUUCACAAGGGCCUUCGGCAAGAACCUCCAGGGCCAGACGUCGGACGUCUUCUUCGCCGCCAGCAGCCUAACCGCCGUGCUGCACUCCCUGAACGAGGUGAUGGAGAAUAUCGAGGUUUACCACGAAUUCUGGUUCGAGGAAGCGAUGAACCUGGCCACCAAGCUGGACUUGCCCAUUAAGCUCCCCGGGAAGUUCUGCAGAGUGCAGCAAGGGAGCAUGGACUCCGAGGUCACGCCGGAGAACUAUUACAAAGAGGCCCUGAGCAUUCCGACCGUGGAACACAUAAUCCAGGAGCUGAAGGACAUCUUUUCAGAGCAGCACUUGCGGGCCCUGAAAUGCCUGUCCCUAGUGCCCUCGGUCAUGGGGCAGCUCAAAUUCAACACCUCCGAGGAGCAUCACGCCGACAUGUACAAGAACGACCUCCCGAAUCCGGAUACGCUGCUGGCGGAGCUCCACUGCUGGCGAAUCAAGUGGAAGCACCGAGGGAAGGAUAUCGAGCUGCCGACGACGAUCUAUGAAGCCCUUCACCUGCCCGACAUCAAGUACUUCCCCAACGUGUACGCCCUGCUCAAGGUCCUGUGCAUCCUCCCGGUGAUGAAGGUGGAGAACGAGAAGUUCGAAGUCGGCCGGCGGCGCUUGAAGGCCUACCUGCGGAACACUUUAACGGAGCAGAGGUCAAGCAACCUGGCCUUGCUGAACAUAAACUUUGAUAUCAAGCACGACCUGGAUUUGAUGGUAGACACUUACAUCAAACUCUAUCCCGACAAAGCGGAGUUCCAGGAGGAAUUUCUCUCCUCCAACAGUUCAGAUGUCAAAGAUGAGACUUAACAGACCGGGGGGAGAAGGGGACCUCUAAAAAAAACCACACACAACCCUUUCCUUGUUUCAGAUGCUUCGUUUCACCCUUGAAAUAAAACCCCAGGGCUUAAAAACUGAGAAAGGAACGAUUAAUUAUCGAAAGUGGGCUCCCACUUCAGGCAGGGGUCGCCUUCGAACGAAUCGUGAACAAAGCUGACCCUGCCGGGAUUCCGUUGCUCGUUGUUGUAAAGUAUAUAUAUAUAUGUAUUAAAAAGUUGGGAGUCAACUUUUACCCUGCCCCCAUCUAUUACAGCUUUUAUUCUGUCACUUUAGGGAAACCCGUUCAGAAUCAUUACAGACCUCUUCCGGCUGUACAAACUGUGUACAGAUAGCAGGCGGGAAUUCAGUUUAAAAAACAAAAACAAAAAAAACAGAAUAUGUUUGUUACUAUUUGGGGUUUCUUCAUUACCCCCCGCCUCCUCCCCUUCCCCGGAAAAAUACAGUCGAUUGGAAUUGAAAUAAACCAUCAGAAGGAUUAAGGCUCGUCUAAAUCCGUAUAAGGGAUAGUGCCGGCAUCCGCCACACCUUUAGCUUCCACUGAAGUUCCUGGGGGUUGUGUAUGGAGGAUUCG